AUGGUGCGUCAAGGACAUGCACCGAUGGAAUACAGGAGACUGCACAGUCAGUACGGCCACAUCGUGCGUACCGGACCAAAGCAUGUGUCGGUCUCGGAUCCUGACAUGAUUCCUGUCAUUUAUGGAAUAGGAUCUAAAUUCAAGAAGACCCCAUUUUAUAUGACUAUGGCCCCAAUCUAUGAAGGCUCUCGAAUGGACAGCCUCUUCACGGAACGAGACCCGCAAACGCACAAAGCUUUGAAGACACAGGUCGCGCAGGUGUUCUCCAUGACGAACAUGCGCAAUUUUGAGACUUACGCAGACGAGUGUACCAAAAUCUUCAUGGAUUCUAUGCUGGAUCCGGACGGCCAAGUCAUCGACUUCGCUCAAUGGCUACAGUGGUAUGCGUUCGACGUCAUAGGUAGUAUUACUUUCCAACGUCGAUUUGGAUUUCUAGAAGAGAGACGAGAUGUUGAUUCGAUGAUUCAGAAGAUCAAUAAUGGGUUGGAAUACGUGAAGGUGAUCGGUCAGUCGGAGUGGCUCGUUGCACUUUUCGACGUCUUGUCAACCCUCCAAUGGAUCAAAUCCAUGCACUUAUGGCCAGAUACUAUGGAGAGGUUUCUUGAGAUCACAGAGAGCGAACUGGUACAAUAUGACUGUGAAAGCAAGGACCCCACGAGGACAGAUUUUCUGUCGCAAUUACGAGCAAAACAACUAAACUCCGGGAAAAUAUCGAGCCGAGAUAUGAUGAAUCAUCUAUCCAAUAACCUUCUUGCAGGAAGCGACACCACUGGCAUAUCUCUGCGCGCUGUGUUCUACUACGUUAUCAGGGAUAGUCGCGUGUCGACAAAGCUGGUCAGUGAAAUCGACACCGCUGACGCCAAAGGCAAGCUCUCCGAGUUUGUGACCUACAACGAGUCCUUGGAGCUGCCAUACCUGCAAGCGGUCUUGAAAGAAGCCAUGCGGAUGCACCCUGCCGUUGGAUUUCCAUUGGAGCGUUACACCCCUGCCGAAGGCGCGGAGAUAUGUGGAUACUCACUACCUCCUGGGAUCAACGUGAGCAUCUCAGCUCCCGUAAUCCACUUGAAUAAAGAGGUUUUCGGUGAGGACGCGGAGCAUUUUCGGCCUGAGAGAUGGAUCGAAGCAAAUCAAGAGCAGUUGAAGACCAUGAACCGCAGUUUCCUUGCUUUUGGUCAUGGAACUAGAACUUGCAUCGGCAAAAAUAUUUCCCUGAUGGAGAUGGGUAAGUUCGUACCGCAGAUCUUCCGUCACUUCCAAAUUGAAUGGAAGGCUCCAAGCCCCGAGUGGAACCUUCACGCAGCUUGGUUUUGGAAACAAUCUGAUAUGCUUGUCAGCUUGACAAGCCGGGUGCGGAAGCAGGAUGAAAUUGAAAUCCUAUCAUGA